AUGCGUACGACGAGCCUCAUAUCACUGGGCUUGUCAAUUGCCUCGCUUGCACUGCCUAGUCAAGCGAUUGAACUCGAUCUCAGCAAUGAAGCAUCCAUCAAAUCCGCCGCCUCGACCGUCACCUACGGCAUGAUGAAAUACUACCACGGCAACGAGACCGGCCAAACCAUUGGUCUCCUCCCCUGGCCCUACUACUGGUGGCACGCCGGCGCCAUGUUCGGUUCCCUCGUCGAUUACUGGUACUACACAGGCGACACCUCGUACAACGAAGCCACCACCAACGCCAUGAUCUUCCAAGCCGGCCCCACCGCAGACUACAUGCCCGAAAACCAGACAAAGUCAGAAGGAAACGACGAUCAAGCAUUCUGGGGUAUGGCAGCUAUGUCGGCCGCCGAAGUAAACUUUCCAAACCCUGCGAAGGGAAAGCCUGGAUGGUUGGCUCUUGCUCAAGCGACGUUUAAUUCUCAAGCGCUGAGAUGGGAUACAAAGACUUGUGGUGGUGGUCUGCGAUGGCAGAUUUUCACCUUUAACAACGGAUACAAUUACAAAAACUCCAUUUCUAAUGGAGGUCUGUUUAACUUGGGAGCAAGACUGGCCAUGUAUACCGGCAACACAACCUACUCGGACUGGGCGGUCAAGGUGUGGGAUUGGAUCGAAGGGUCAGGGCUCAUGACGGACGAUUACUACGUUUACGAUGGCUCAGACACGACGACAAACUGCACGGACCCGAGUAAGAUCCAAUGGACGUACAAUGCGGGUAUUUUCUUGCUUGGUGCGGCCACCAUGUGGAACAUCACCGGCGAACAGCUUUGGAGGGACAGAACGAUGGGACUCUGGAAUGCGACACAUGUGUUUUUCAGAGACGACAAGGUCAUGUAUGAGGUUGCCUGCGAACCAGGCGGUAACUGCAAUGUGGAUCAGCACUUCUUCAAAGCCUACCUCGCCCGCUGGAUGGCCGCCUCCACAAAAGUGGCCCCCUUCCUCUCCGACCUCGUUGCACCCUACCUCGCCGCCUCCGCCAUGGCAGCAGCAGCCUCCUGCUCCGGCGGCACCGACGGCGUCACCUGCGGCACAAAAUGGUUCUCCAACACCUCCGACCUCACCGUAACCUGGGACAACACAUGGGGCGUAGGACAACAACUCUGCGCCUUGGAAGCCAUUCAAAGCAACCUUAUUACCAAGGUGCAAGGACCGUUGACGAAUAAGACUGGAGGAACGAGUCAGGGUGAUGAUAGUGCGGGAAGUGGGGGCGAUAGCGAUCCGACAAAGAUGAAGAAGAUUACAGAUGCGGAUAAAGCUGGUGCUGUUAUUCUUACGAUUUUGGUAUUGGCAGGGUGGGUGGGGGCCAUGUUUUGGUUGAUUAUUUGA